AUUAAAUUUUCUUUUCUCAAGCUUUACGUAAAUAAAGAGAGAAAUAAUAGUAAAAUAAACAAGUAUUUUUAAAUUCUCCCUUAGACGAACACUUAUUGCGUUAUAAUAAAAUUAUCCUAUAUCAUUAUGGAAGGUUGCAAUACACCAGUUGCAUCUGAGAAAGCUGCAUAUGAUCCUGGGUGGAACGACCCACCGAGUAUCGCGUAUAACGCGCAACAAACAACUCCAAAUAGGCCACGGAAUUUUCUAAACAAAAGGGUAGCAUUUCCCUUGUCUGGCAAUGCUAGCAAUCCAGUUUCGUCACCACCAGUUAACCUACCACCUUUACCAGGUGCAACACUACCACCACCACUUACUACAAAUGCAGUUCCUAAGAAUAAUGACACAGUGCAAGUAGAUACCAAUACGCUGGUAGAAGUAAAAAAUAUACUGUCAAAGAUACUAGAAGACAGUAGUGAGCUGGGCUCAAAAGUCGAGAGUGUUAAAAAGAAACUUAGCAUACUGGAAGAAAUGUGGGCAAAUGGUAAAUUAAAUACCCAAGUACAGAUUCAAAUGAAAGACUUGGCAUAUGCUUUAAGAGAUGAUGCUCCAAGUAAAGCAGACAUUAUACACAAAGCUCUGAUGGUAGACCAUGUCAGUGAGGUGAGCAGUUGGAUGCCAGGGGUGAGGCAACUGAUAUACAACUGCCUUGCUCGCUCGGAGCUACUGGCUAUAGAUAAAGAAGAAUAAUUA